AGGCCUAUGAAGCGGUAUAUAAGUCUACUGCUAUUGCUAUUGCUAUUGAGAAUCUUUACACUGCCUUAAGUCACUUUGCAGAAUGAGAAUCGGAGAUUUUGAAACUUGAAAAGAAACUUUUCCCGAUAAAAGGCUUUCAGCGGGGAAGGAAAAAACGGCUGCACGAAUGCUUUUAAAAAUUACGAUGACGAUUUCUCAUGUUUGUUAUCUAUUUCUGACCGCCAGGAUCGAGGGCAUCUGGCUUGCUAGGGCGAACUCUUCCUUCCCUUUCAAAGCUGUCGACGACACUGCUAUAAUGUCGCUAAGGUUACGGCCGGGUAUUAUUAGUGCAGUAAUGUCGUUUUCCCUUGGGGUGCUUUUCUUACGGCAAUGAGCACGCUUUGGCUCGAAGGAAGGCUUACUUUCUCAGAGCUUUGGAUCCUUAGGGCCUUUCCCUUCCGCAAAACUAUAAACACCUUAACCCAGGGGUCUCCAAUCUCGGCAACUUCCACCGCAGGUAGACUUCAGCAAAGCUGGCUGAGGAAUUCUGGGAGUUGAAGUCCACAUGUCUUACGGCGUCUUCGUAGGGCAUCUGAUAAAUAACAAAGCAACUGAGGUGGCAGGAAGGAGCAAUAAUUUGCAGCAGCCCGAGGCCUCUUCCCUGACUUUCUUGCCCCGGGCAAGGGGACUCAUCGCCCUAGCGGAGGGCUUUGGUCUAGGGCAUGUUCGUUUGUUUUCUCUUCGGCUUUUUUCCUUUGCCUGCCGCCCGCUCCACCCAUGGGACCGCCGGAGCUUCUCUCGCUCCCAUGGCAACGGCGCCCGCUUUGUGUUUUUCUCCGUUGAAGCGGCAGCACUGAAGCCUGAGUUGCCGAUCCUUUCGAAGCCAUGGCUUCCCCGGCCCUGCCGGAAGUUUCGCCGAUUCUCCCGGUUCCCUCGUUCAGCGAAAAACAAAGGCGUCUCUCCUCUUCCUCCAGGCUGGACAGCAAACUCAGCAACGGCCUCGGGCAGGCAAAUCACUUCAUAUAUGUGGACCUUAAUCAGGUGAUCAAAUUGCUUGAAGAAAGCGACUCAAAUAUAGACGAACAAAUCCAAGCUUGUCAGAAGGUUGCAAAGCACUAUGAAUAUGGAAUCCCUCUGAAUGAUUUAGCACUCAUCUCUAAAAUUUUAAACUUAUGUGUGGAGAAAAUUCAAACAAUGGACAAUGUUUUUAUAGAAAUUACAUGUGUAAUUCUUAAAUUGUAUGGAUUACCAUUUUGCAAAAAGAAGUUAUCUGAUGAAGAAAAGUAUGCUAAAGAAGUUCAAGAAUCAAUUGCACAAUUGGGUCACUUGGUCAGAGUUCCAUGUUCCCAAAUAAGAAUACAAAUAUGUAAAUGCAUUAUUAGCUUUUACCAUGCUGAGCCAUCAGUAAAAGAAUUUGAAGGUUAUCAACCUACAAGUGCAAAUUAUAAAAAGCAGAUUGUAGAAUUAGGAGGUUUAGCAGAGACUAUGGUUUUAUCACUAACACUUGUUGAAAACCAACUUUCUGAGAAAUUAUGGUUCAUUAAAACUUUGCAACAUCUUUCUAUUUCUGAAGCAAAUUGUAAACUUAUGAUGAAAGCUGAAGCACCAAGAAUAUUAUGUUCUCAUCUGAAUGACGUUGAUCCCUCUGGGCAAUUAUUAUUCCGUUCCUCAGAAAUCCUUUGGAAUUUAUUAGAAAAAACCUCUAAGGAACAAAUUAUUGAACAACUCAGUAACUUGGAAUGUGUACAGGCUCUGAAGGACGCAUUUACAAAUUUACUUAUACACGGUUUCCGCCAUUAUGAUCGUCAGUUAAGAAAUGACAUUUUGGUGAUAGCUACCCUUGUUGCUCAGAACCCAGGAGCUCCAAUGAUUGAAACUGGAUUUACCAAGCAAUUAAUACUAUAUGCUACUUUUGAUGAAAUGAAAACUCAGAGUCCUUUGGUAAAAGGUCUUAAGCUUACUUCCUGUUAUGAAGACUUUGAGCUGAAAAAGCUGCUGCUUAACAUGCUUACUGUACUAGCAAAAGAUUUGUGUUCUGUUCAGCUAUUGCAUGAAGGUAACGUUAUACUGGCUUUGUUUAAUUAUUUAAAACCAAACGAAAAGGGAAGAGCACUUGAUAUGUCUGCAGCACAGUAUGAAGAGUUACAGCUUCUUGGCAUUGCUACAUUAGCAACAAUGGCUCCCUUAUUGAUAGAAGACUAUAUGCUGUGCAAGGGAAAUGAACAGCUGCUGGAGUUUCUGAAAUGGUGUGUGAGCAAUGAUCCCUUCUUUACUCAAGGUAAUAGUUUCCAUGGCGUAGGUGGUCGUGGCACCAAACUUGCACAGAUGCGCUUCUGUUUGAGAGUCCUGAAUCCAGUUGUAUCUCUCGCUGAUGAUGCUGUAAAUGUUGACCUUUGUGGUCAAGGAGCAAUUAAUCAACUGUUGGGUAUCUUAAAAUUCACCACAACUAAUUAUAAAGAUUCUGCCCUUGUGAUGGAAAUUCAAAGUGAUAUCUUACUUAUUCUGUCAACACUUUGUGAAAAUAAUAUCCAUAGAAAGGAGCUCUUUGGAUGGGAAGGAGUGGAUACACUUAUUUCAUUUUUGAAGAUAGAUGCCAAAAAUUUCUAUAGUGGAUUGGGUCAUAAUCGUCUUCUUUUCUGUGCCCUGGACUGCUUAUGGUGCUGUGUCAUGGGUUGCACUAUUUUAGAAGACUAUUUUCUUGAAAAAGAAGGCCUCUUCACUCUAUUAGAUUUGCUUUUAAUAAAUCAAAAGAAUGUAUGUAACCUAAUUCUUGGAAUAUUAGUUGAAUUUUGUGAUAAUCCUAAAACUGUAUCCCAUAUCAAUAUAUGAGAGGGGGAAAAAACCAAACAGCAAGCUAAUUUAUUGAUAAACCUAUGGAGACAAGAAGAAGAAGAGAUGGGAGUGAAACAUGAUAAAUCUGGAAGAAUUGUUGAUACAAAGAAACCACUAGUUGGCCAGUUCCAAAAAACACAAGAAGUAAUUCCAAUGCCUGCUAACCAUCCCACUAUUGCUGUCAUGGAUGUUGCUGAAAAUAUGAGAGCAAAGAUUUAUUGUCUAAUAUGUUUUGAGAACUUGCCUGGGCUCUCUGCGCGAUUUGUUACACUUGCUAUUAUACGCAGGUACCUAGACUUCAAGGUUGGUGAGAUCUGGGAUGAAGUAUGUGCAGAACUUAAAAAAGAAUUUAGACCAGUGACACCUGACCAGGAAGCAUUACAGCUUAUUACUGAAGCCCUUGAAAAUGUUGGAAAGGUUGUAGUCUCUAUCCAAACUGAGAUGCUAGAAAGCCAGCAGUUUCAAGAACUUCAGGAGGAGGAAAAAUGUUAUGGGAGGAUUCAUUCUCUCCAUAAACAAAGGGAAAUAGUCAAUAAAUCUUGGGAAAAUUUCUUAGCUCGGACAUCAAACUACCAGGCUUUGAAGGCUUUGAAGAUCUGGUUUUUUUGCCGCAAAAGGCUUCGAGAAAAAGCUAUAGAAAACUCUAGACCAAAGAUAAAACACUACAGUUCAACUUUCCAUCCAACUGACAUUAAAGGCCUAAAUACAACUGUUGCAUCUGGUCGCUUGGUAACAGUGGAAAGUACACCUUCUGAAUUAAUUGGAGGGCCACUAGCUGAUACAGAUCUUGCACUGAAAAAGCUUCCAAUUCGUGGAGGAGCCUUAAAAAAGUUUGAUGGAGUUAAAGUAAUAGAUUCAUUCAAGAAAAAUUCACUAACUGUGAAAUAAAUGUUGUGCAAUGCUGAUAUUGACAAUUCUGCAUAGUUCUGAACUUAGAGUUUGAUUAAUAUAUAAGUGCAUCAUAAUGGCCUUGGUAAAAUGUUAUUGUUAAAUAGCAUAUACUUGAAUCUAUGGGUGCAUAUAUACAUAUUCAUGUAUAAUAAUCCGAAAUAAUGUGGAUAGCAUUAAUAUUCUAACCAAUAAAUCUAAUACAUUAUGAAGAUCAAUGUAUAAUCUUUGCCGAAUUAACUCAAUUUACAUUCUGUGACUGAGUACUAACUAAGAUACAUUUUACUAUGUAUUAUGCUGUCUAUGCUAACAAACAUCUGAAAUAUAAAAAGAAGGAAAAAUGACGUUUAAGGAAUAAAAUGAAAGUACCAUUGGUAAUCACUGUUAUAAUUCAGCAAUUGCUUCCUAAUAAGAUGAAUGAGAGAAAUGCUGGAACGUGAUGUGUG